CAGCUCACCACGUGUAGCUGAAGGAGCAGCGGAAGUAGUUGUAAACAGUCUACUCUGUACAACGGUUAAAGUUAGAAAUAAGUCUACGUUUCCUUUAAUUGACAUUUGUUGCGACUCUCCUGGAAAGAAAUUCAACUGAAAGUGCACUGAAAGUUACAAAGAAAAUAAGUGCCUUCAGAAAAGAUGUCUUCCUCCUCCUCCACUACCCAGUCUGUCCUCCUAAAUACUGGGGUUCAGAUGCCCAUCCUGGGUUUGGGGACCUACAAGUUGGUGAGUCCUGAAGAUAUGUGCCGGGCUGUGGACGCAGCGCUGGCUGCUGGUUAUCGGUCCUUUGACAGUGCAGCCGUCUAUCAGAAUGAAGCUGAACUGGGCCGAGCCCUGAAGAAGUUCCUGCCCAAACAUGGCUUAACCAGAGAGGAUGUAUUCAUUACCAGUAAGCUGGGCUCUAUGGAUCAGGGUGAGAGAGCCAUGGAAGGAGCCCUCCACAGCCUGUCUCAGCUGGACUUGGGUUACAUAGACCUUUAUCUGAUCCACUGGCCUGGCACAAAUGGUCUGGAGGUGACAGACCCACAAAACUCAAGUAAUCGAGCUCAGAGUUGGACCGCAUUGGAGGAGCUGCAUGGCCAGGGGAAGCUGAAGGCAAUCGGAGUGUCCAACUACACACCAGCACACAUGAGAGAGCUGAUGCAGAGCUGCAAAACCCCUCCUGCACUGCUCCAGGAUGAGUUUCACCCAAAGCUGUGCCAGACAGAGCUGAGGAGUGUGUGUGAGGAGUAUGGAGUGUGUUUCCAAGCGUACUCCUCCUUAGGGAAAGGAGAGCUGGUCACUGAUCCUGUGGUCAUGGAGGUGGCAAAGAACUGUGAACGUACAACUGCACAGGUCCUGUUGCGCUGGGCUGUGCAGCAGGGCAUUCCAGUGCUCCCGAAGUCUUCAAAUCCAGACAGAAUAAAGGACAAUGCCAGGCUUUUUGACUUCACACUGAGUGACACAGACAUGGACAGACUGUCAGCUUUGGACUGUGGGCGGAAGUAUUGCAGGGAUGCAUCUCUAGUGGUUUGAUAGACCACGUGGAACACACAGUCUUCCAUGCUGCCUCUUUAAUACUGCUCUUUAGCUCUGACCGUCAAUGUUUUCUAGUGCUAAUAGUAAAUUAAUUGAAGUUGCAACUGACUGUAGCUUAGCUAUUAAAAAGUAGGUGUUUGUGCAGGAUUUCCUGUUGAUUUUUCCGACCAAUCUGCAGCAUUUCAACCCCACCUUCUAGUUUUGACUCAGCUCUCUUGAAACCUCGACUGACGUGGUACAAGAAAAAAAUACCAGGUACUAUUUAUUCAUGCUUAUAAUGCACUGCCUGUAAGUGUGUUGCCGACUGACUGAAAAUGUUUGCUGUUUCAUAUACUUUGUUGCCUCAUUCUGCUCUCUAAUAAUACUAUUACAAUAUAAUAUUCUGGCUCUUGUGUUGUGUUUGAGGAGUGUCCUCUGUACUGGAUACCUUUUGAAGAAGAGACAGAUUUUA